GUCCCUUUGCUGAGAGGUGGCAGAGCAUCCUCAGGACAGCACCAUGAUGGAGGAUCACGCACCUGGCCAGGAAAAGCACUUCUCCUCAGGCUGUCCCCUUCAGAUUCCAGUGGAUGAUGGAUUGGAUGAGCCUGUUUCUGAAACCUCUGACGCUAAGAGCACCCCAACUGCAGAAGAUGCCACAGCACCUUUAGUGGAGGAAGGAGACCACGAGGAUCAGGGUGGUGUGGAGCAGCACGGGGAGAUCCCAGAAGGAACCACAGCUGAAGAGGCGGGCGUGGGAGCCACUCCCAACCUGGAGGACCACGCUGCAGGAGAUGCUGUUCCAGCGGCAGGCGAGCCCAGCCCCCCAGAGCCCCAGGCUGGCCCUGAGCAGCCCCUGGCACAGGCACAGCCGCCUCUGCCCCAGGAAAGCAGCAGGGCAGCUGCCACCAGGAUCGAGGUCACCAUCCCAAUCCCCCUGGACUUGUACCAAGGCUCUGGAGCAGCCCCAGGCAGCAGCGAGCUGUGGGCUCAGGGAGGCACAGAAGGCAACGCUGAGGAGCCAGAGCUGGCUGGAGCAGCUGGCACAGGCGGCCACGAGGAGGGACCUUUGUGUGCCAGAGCCACGGGCAAGGAGGGUUCGGGAGCACGGGACAGGGACGAGGAGCGGGAUGUGCACGAGACCUGUGAGCAGGGUUUGCCUUCCCUGGGGGCACCAGCAGCUGCCCUGCAGCCUCCUGAACGUGGUGGAGAGAACAAAGGCGUGCUCAGAGACAGCCCAGGAGAGGCACUUGUGGCUGGAGCUGAGUCCCAAAAAGCAGGAGAGGAGCGAGAGGAGGAGCCACAGCUGCUGGGAGAAGGUCCAGAGAUCACCCUGCCAGAGCCUUCUGGAAGUGUCUCCCAAAAAGAGGCUGAGCCCAAGGAGGGAGAAGAUUCUGGGCCCGUGCCAGAAGCAGGCAGAGCCCCUGCUGAGGCAGAGGAUGGUGAGAAGGACGCGGACGCUGCUCUGGAAGAGGCAGGGGGCCGCAGGACGCCCCGGAGGCGGCGCAGUGGGGCGGCUGCAGACAGGGGCAGCCGUGUCCCUGUGCCCAAAGGUCGUGUUGACAAGGAAGGGACCGAAGCUGAUGAAAAGAAAUCCAAGAAAUGCUCACCUUGCCCUGCCAAAGCCCCUGGCUCCCUGCCCCCCCUGGGGCCAGCAGCCCCUCCGAAACCCCCCUGCAGCCCAGCCCAGGGAGCCUGUGCUGCCUCCCCCCGUGCUGCCAGCACAGCCAAGGGCCCCGAGGCCAGGGCUGGCUCCAAGGCUCAGAGGAACUCCAGCAACGCCUCCCGCAUCCCGGCCAAGACCCCCACGGCCCCCAAGACCCCUCCCAGCUCCGGCAGAAAGGAGCAGAAAAAACCACCUCCUGCAGCAGCAAAGACUGAGAAAGGUGCCUCAGGGGCUCUGGAAGCUCCCCCCUUUGCCGUGGGGGAGGCUUUGAGCUGCCUCCCCUGCCCUGCUCUGGAGCUGCAUCCCUGCUCUGGGGCUGCAUCCCUGCAGCCUUGUCUUCCCCGUGGUAGCUGUGGAGGGAGUGUGAGCCCUGUGCAGAGCAGAGCUUGGUGCCCUCCCCCAGUGCUGCACACGCAGCUCCUGUUCCCAGCCUGGCCAGUGGCACCUGGUUGCCCAAGGCUGGCCGUGCCUGGCCCAGGUGGGUUCUGUGGUGUCUGGCACAGGGCUGGAGCUGGGCAGGCUUUUCCCUCUCAGCUCCAGCCCUCCUCCUGGCACUGGCUGUGCAGGACCUGGGUCUCUGAGCGCUGCAGGGGUCUCUGGGCACUGCUGGUGCCUCUCAGCCCUCCCUCCCUGUGGGUUUGCUGCCCAGCAAGUUCCCCAUUCUGCUCAGUGGAGGGAUCCAGGCUGAGCUGGUUUUUUUGGCUGGUGUUGGUGGCCUGGCACCCAGGGCUGCAUCACCAUCCAGUCUGGAGCCAAAACCUGCCCACCUCCCUCUUCCCCUUCCAGCCAGCAGCAGAUAAAUCCAGCAGCCAGCCAGAGAUUUUCCUUUUCACUGCUGGCCCUGGCAGGCAGGCUCCUGGUUUUAGGGCUGUAACACACGGUCGAGCUGCAGAUGGUCACGUUGUUUCUCACGCUCUUUUCUGGCUACCAAAGGUGCAGAUAAUUAAUAAGAAGCUGGACUUUAGCAGCGUCCAAUCCAAGUGUGGCUCAAAGGAUAAUAUCAAACACAUCCCUGGCGGAGGCAGUGUGCAGAUAAUUAAUAAGAAGCUGGACUUUAGCAGCGUCCAAUCCAGGUGUGGCUCAAAGGAUAAUAUCAAACACAUCCCUGGCGGAGGCAGUGUGCAAAUCGUCUACAAGCCAGUGGACCUGAGCCACGUGACAUCCAAAUGUGGCUCCCUGGGCAACAUCCACCACAAACCAGGUGGUGGCCAGGUGGAGGUGAAAUCUGAGAAACUGGACUUCAAAGAUAAGGUGCAGUCGAAAAUUGGGUCCCUAGAUAACAUCAGCCACGUCCCUGGAGGGGGCAAUAAAAAGAUUGAGACUCACAAGCUGACCUUCCGCGAGAACGCCAAAGCCAAGACCGACCACGGCGCCGAGAUCGUCUACAAGUGGCUGACCAUCUCCGGGGACGCCUCCCCGCGCCGCCUCAGCAACGUCUCCUCCAGCGGCAGCAUCAACCUGGUGGACUCCCCCCAGCUGGCCACGCUAGCCGACGAGGUGUCCGCCUCGCUGGCCAAGCAGGGCUUGUGAUCGCGGCGCGGCGGCCACCGGGAGAGGAGACAAGGAAAGGAAAGAAAAAAAGAAAAGAAACGAAAAUAAUAAUUUGGCCUUCUUCCUCUGUUCCUUUUACAGCUGCUUCCCCGUCCCUAACUGGUUAAUGAUUUAACCUGCUUUUACUGUUCAUUCAGCUCUAGCUCCAGGACUUCAAAUUCAGUGACACUAUGAGGUACAAAACCUCCUCUCCCCCUGCUCCUCGGAGCGCACAGCCUGUCCCGUCCCGUCCCGUCCCCGCUCCCGCCGCGUCCCUCGCUGUCCCAGCCGGGGAGGGGGCGGCCCCAGCACGACCCGAGCCCCCCCGGCAGCACAGGGUGGCCCUCCGGGAAGGGGCUGUGCCCUCGCCCAGCUCGUGCCCUGCUGGCCCGCGGGCCGGGCGGGUCCUGGGCGCACAGCCCCGCCGUUAAAUUUGCCUGCUGAUUUGGAAGAAACCUUUUGUUUUUAUUUCCGAAAGCCGGGAUGUGUAUGAAGAAAACGGCCAGGCCCCCCCAGCCCCGCUCCCAGCUCCGGCAGCUGGAGCCGCGGCGUUCCCCUCUCCGUGGCUGUGCUGGAACCGCUGAGUGGAUGAGUAGAGGCUUUUCCCCAUUCCUUUGGCAGCCCCUCGUGUCGUAGAGUAGAUUUGUCUGUAUAUGCUUGGACCGUGCCAGGGUGAUUGUUUUCAUAAACGAGCAUGUGUU